AUGGAUUCUGACCGACUUCUUCAGAAAUGCGAUGAAAAUGGAACUGAAUCCCUCGUUCGAGCACUUCUCAAUAAGAAUGAGGAAAUCUACAAAAUAGUGAAGAAAUACGAGAUGCUGAAAAUGGGGCAGAAGGAGAAUCAGAAGCCUGUCGAGACUGCUGACAAGAAGAAGAAAGACAAGAACCGCCGAUGGAAAAAGAGAUACCAGCUGAGCCAAGGGAUCAAAUCUCGUGUCUCUUUCGACAAGAACGACCAGAAAGUUGUUCAAUAUGUCGCAGAGGUCUUCAAAAAGGAAAGAGAAGAAUAUGUCACCUCGUCAGGAGCCACUUCUGGAAGAGCCCACGACCGCUGA